AUGAAGGCCCUGUUUCUCACCAUUGCACUAAGCCUGUUCUCCAUCCUCCAUGCUGAUGACUUGACAUUUUCUGAAUUUAAACCACUGGAGGGCACAUACUAUGUAAAGGCCAUUGCAGUAGACAAGGAAUUUCCUGAGGAAGAGAUGCCUAAGGACAUGUCACCUUUGACCAUCACCUACCUUAAUAAUGGCAAAAUGGAGGCCAAAUUUACCAUGAUGAAGGAUGACAAGUGUGAAGAGAUUAAUAUGAUGUUGGGAAAAACUUAUGAACCCAGGAGAAUUACCAUGAACAGAUACCUAAGCUACACCUGUACCACAGUAAAAACAUCUGAGGAGAAACAUUGGAUUCUAUUCUGUCAAAGAGAGUUUCAAGGCAAGCAAAUCAGAAUGGCCAAACUUUUGGGUCCAAAUACAGAUGAGAACCCAAAAGUUCUUCAGGAUUUUUACAGGUUUAUCCACAGAGAAAGAUUUGAUGAAAGAAGAAUCAUAACUCCUAAACAAUCUGACUUCUACAGCAUCUUCCAGAAAAAUCUAGCUGCAGCUCAGUUUGGACUUAAAUGCCACUUGGUUCAGUUCAAAUAUAAGAAGGUGAACUAA